ACGGCUUACGAUCUAUAUGAUGGCGGCUAUGCAGCUCGCAGAUCUCUGUUAAACCAUGACAGUGUCGCCUCAUGCCGUGCCCAACAGAGGGCCAACGUUCGUGGCCGUCACGGCGGUUAUAACGUCCAUCGACUUCGUCCUGGUGGUCUUCCGGUUGGUGUGGAGGAGUAUGGUCCAAGGUGCCGUUGGUAUGGAUGAUAUAUUCGUUGGUCUUGCCAUGGCCGUACAAAUCCUAAUCACCGUCUUGGGUGACAUGGCUUGCCACUACUCCUUCGGCCGGCAUUUGAAGGACGUUGGCAGGACCGGGGGGAAUCCAGUCCUCGGGUUAAAGUAUUUCUGGCUCUUCCAGAUCUUCUACAAAAUCACCAUCUGCCUCAACAAACUGUCCUUCAUCUCCCUCUACCUCCGACUCUUCCCCUCCAAGAAAUUCCGCACACUCUGCCACAUAACCAUCGCCGUCGUCGUCGGCGGAACCUUCAGCUUCGUCAUCGCCACCAUCUUCCAAUGCACCCCCGUCCGAGCAAGCUGGCACAAACACAUCCCCAAGAAAUGCGUCGAGAAUACGCCCUUUCGCUGGUCCUGGGCCGCCUACAACACCGCCAGCGACAUCUGGAUCUACCUGAUGCCCAUGCCGCUACUGGCACGACUGCACCUCGACCGCGCGCGGAAGAUCGGCCUCAUGUUCAUCUUCAGCCUGGGUCUCUUCGUCUGCGUUACCAGUAUCGUCCGAAUGGUCUAUAUCGCCGUCAGCACGAAAACGCAUGAUCCCACCUGGGGUUCGUGGCAUGCGCUGCUCUGGAGUGCGAUUGAGCCUGGCACGGGCAUUAUCUGCUCCUGUUUGCCGUUCUUGAAGCAUCCCAUUCAGCGUGCGUUUCCUGGUUUCUUUUCUUCUACGAUCGGUGGCUCGGCUUCUGCUUCGGGCAAGACGAGGUCCAGACCUACGUACGGUGCUCCGUCUGGGAAUGGUGGUGGUCGUUCCAAGCCGCAGAUGCCUUAUGAUGGCGGGAAUCAUUGGGGUCGGAUCGGGAGUGCUUGUAGGAAUAGUACGGAGAGUCGGGAGCCUAUUGCGGAUGAUCAGAUUCUGAUGAAGAUGGACUUUGAGAUGCAGAGUCAAUUUGUGAGGACGUAGCUUAGGGUUUUUGAUUGAAUCGGCUUUAUUUCUAAU